AUGUUCAAAACUAUUGAAAUACCCCAACACCAUCUAUCUAUUAGACAACCUAUUGGUUUGUUCAUUAGUAAUGAAUUUGUAAAAUCAUCGGAUGGUAACCAGAUCGAUACAUUUAAUCCAGCAACUAAAGAAAAACUCACAUCAUUUUAUGCUGGAUCUGAAACCGAUGUCAAUGUAGCUGUUCGUGCUGCACGUACAAGUUACACGAAAACUUGGUCCAAAACAUCACCUGAACAACGUACAGAUCUACUACUUAAACUGGCCUCCCUUGUGGAACGUGAUAAAGAAAUACUCGCAUCAAUUGAAACACAAGACUCAGGGAAACCAUAUUAUACCAAUGCACUUUUAGAUAUCGACAUGAUUAUCAAGUUAACUAAAUAUUUUGCUGGUUCAACAGAUAAGUUUACUACCGGUGAGACAAUCCCCAUUGAUCAUGAAACAUUGGCAUAUACUUUAAAGGUUCCGUUUGGAGUUGUAGCACAAAUUGUGCCUUGGAACUAUCCGUUGGCAAUGGCUUCUUGGAAAUUGCAAAGUUGUUUGGCGGCUGGGAAUACAGUGGUAAUCAAACCAUCAGAAAAUAGUUCACUUUCUUUGUUGUAUUUUGCUCAAUUAAUUGUGGAAGCUGGGUUCCCACCUGGAGUAGUGAAUAUUAUUCCAGGGUAUGGUACUGUCGUUGGAGAUGCAUUAUCAACUCAUCCAGAUGUUGACAAGAUUUCAUUCACUGGUAGCACCAAAGUUGGUUGUAAUGUCCUGGAACAAUCAGGUAAGUCCAACUUGAAAGAUGUCACAUUAGAAUGUGGUGGUAAGUCGCCCGCAGUUAUCUUCAAAGAUGCAAACUUAGAAGAGGCUGUCAAGUGGACUUCAGAAGGAAUAUUUUUCAAUUCCGGUCAAAAUUGUACAGCAAAUUCUCGUAUUUUAGUUCAACAUGAUAUUUUUGAUGAGUUUGUGCAUAAAUUUAAGGACUACACCAAGCGGAAAUGGAAUUUUGGUAGCAAAUUCGAUCCAUUUGAUAAAGAUUGUACCGUAGGACCAGUAAUCUCUCAAAAGCAGUAUGAAAAGAUUCAAGAAUACAUGACCUGCCCUGAAGGUUGCCCUGUUGAAGUGUCACAUAUAAUUGAUUACCCACCAGAUGAUAUUAAUGGAUAUUUUAUCCCACCAACCAUAUAUACAAAUGUGCCCCAAGAUUCUAAAUGGUGUAAGGAGGAAAUAUUCGGUCCAGCUGUCGUGAUUUCGGAAUUUAGAGAUUAUGAUGAAGCUUUAUCGCUGGCAAAUGACACAAGUUAUGGAUUAGCGGCAGCAGUGUUCACUGAAAACAUUCGUAUUGCCCAUGAAUUUGCACGAGAUAUUUUGGCAGGUACUGUGUGGGUUAAUACCAGCAAUGCAGAAGAUGUGACUUUACCAUUCGGUGGAUUCAAGAUGAGUGGUAUUGGUAGAGAAUUAGGUCGAACUGGGGUAGAGUCCUUUAUGCAAACCAAAACAGUUCAAAUCAAUAUUCGGAAACCUAAUUCCUAA